AUGGCGUCUUCCUACAACCUGGUGCAGCCACCGUCCUCGUCCAGCGCGCCUUACCUUGCUCCUCCGUCGCCGCCAGUCCGGGAAAUUAAGUUGUGGACUGACACCAAGGAUCGACGCAAGUACGAGGAUUUGGCAGACCUGUUCGCCAUCUUUAAGACCACGGAGCACCUUGAAGCUGCCUACGUUCGCGAUGCCAUCACACCCGAGGAGUACACGGAAGCGUGCACAAAGCUCAUCUCGCAGUACAAGACAGCGGAGACGGCGCUGCGGCUGGGCGGUUUCAUCGACAGCGUGGAGAGCUUCAUCGCCGAGUACAGAUUGGACUGUCCACGAGCAUUGGAGCGUCUCGUACGUAUCGGUGUGCCGGCCACUGUGGUGCACAACACGACAAACCGCAAGACGGACUCGGUCAAUGUGGCCCAAACCGUGCAGAACUUCAUCACGCUCAUGGACGUUCUCAAGCUCAAUAUCCGAGCUGUGGACGAGAUUCAGCCGCUGCUGAGCGAGAUGAUGAGCUCGUUGACUAUGGUUAGCGGUCUGCCUCCGGACUUUGCUGGUCGUGACAAGAUCGAGGGCUGGCUGCGAACGAUGAACGCCAUGCGUGCUUCCGAGGAACUGGACGAAGAGCAGGCCCGUCAACUCAGCUUCGACCUCGAGCGCGCCUACUCGUCCUUCAUGGCUUUCCUAAACAAAUAG